GGUAUUGAUAGUGCUUUUCCUUCCUGUCUUGGCUUCAGGCUGCACAGCCGAGGAAACCUUGGAAAAGCGCCGCUACGGCUUUAAAACCGGGGUGCGGAUGUGCACGGGGGAGGUCCGUUUCCUUGCCCAGCCUGAAUUUUGUAUUCCGUGCACUUCACAAGAAGGAAAUCCCGGAGUAGCACAAUCUGUGGAGAUCGUUCACAGAUAGACAGGGGCAUCUAAACAGAUAUCUUUACUCCACUCACGAGGGAGCAAUCACACGUUUCAGCGCUCCAGCCUGCAUAUUACUAAUGUCAUACAAAAUAAACCACAGAUGACAUGUGCGCGCGGCUGCAAAGGAGGUCUUUUUUUGCAAUUCCAGCUCAAUGUCUGAGAACUGACUGGAAUUCAUCGUCAUUGCGGAAAUCUUGGUCAGUGCACGGCAACAUGACUUAAAUCGAUCCGCUGCGCUAGAAGGAUACGUUUGCAGAGCCCCUGGGCGCGAGCUCACAGCUGGAUACUGGCUGUAUUUGGGAUUUGACAAUAUACAGAAGUGUGGAUGUAAAAACAGCCCGAAAGCUGCUGGUCAGACUGUAUCGAGGAGGUGUGUCGUGCUGUUUUGGUAGAGGCUACAUUUAAAGCACACAUAUUAAGAAGCAAUCAUGGGGCAUCCUCCGCUGGAGUUCAGUGACUGCUACCUAGACAGCCCAGAUUUCAGGGAGAGACUCAAAUGUUACGAGGAGGAACUGGGUCGGACUAGCCGGUUCCUGAAGGAAGUGAUCAAGGAUGGCAAUAACGUUAUCAGCACCAUUAAAAACUACUCUCUGGCUGUUCAGAAGUUCUCUCAAACCCUGCAAUGUUUCCAGUUCGACUUCAUCGGGGACUCGCUGACUGAUGAUGAGAUCAAUAUCGCUGAGUCUUUCCGGGAGUUUGCUGGGCUGCUGCAGGAGGUGGAAGAUGAAAGGAUGAUGCUGGUUCAGAAUGCUUGCGACUUGCUGAUCAAGCCCUUGGAGAAAUUUCGAAAGGAGCAAAUAGGAGUCACAAAGGAAAUUAAGAAGAAGUUUGACAAGGAGAGCGAAAAGUUUUAUUCUCAACUGGACAAAAAUUUACAUUUAUCUUCCAAGAAGAAGGAGUCACAUUUACAAGAAGCAGAUGAGCAUCUGGACAGAGAGAAGCUGAGCUUCUAUGAGUCGUCUGUGGACUAUGUGUACCAGAUCCAGCAGGUGCAGGACAGGAAGAAGUUCGAUGUGGUGGAGCCUGUGCUGGCCUUUCUUCAUAGUCUGUUUACAUUAAACAACCUCACAGUGGAAAUGACUCAGGACUUCAUGCCCUACAAACAGGAGCUCCAACUCAGCUUACAGAACACGAGGAACCACUUCGAAAGCACCCGAGAGGAGAUGGAGGAGCUGAUGAAACGAGUAAAGAACUCUCCUCAGGUGUGCAAAAUACCUGGCCAGCCCACCGUCGAGGGAUACCUCUACUCACAGGAGAAGUGGGCUUUGGGAGUUACGUGGGUGAAGAACUACUGUAAAUAUCAAAAAGAGACCAAGAUAUUAACCAUGAAUCCAGUGGAGCAGAAACCAGGAGCCAAGCAGGGCACUACUGAGUUCAAACUGAAAUCCUGCAUUAGAAGAAAGUCUGAGUCUAUAGACAAACGCUUUUGUUUUGAUAUUGAGACUAAUGAAAGGCCAGGGACAGUAACCUUGCAGGCCCUCUCAGAGCCCAACAGGAAGCAGUGGAUGGAGGCCAUGGACGGAAAGGAGCCUAUAUAUCACUCUCCAAUUGCAAAACAAGCCGAAAUGGAGCUGAAUGAAGUGGGCUUCAAGUUUGUACGGAAGUGUAUAAACGCUGUAGAGACCACAGGAAUCGGCCAGGAGGGAGUUUACAGAACUGUUGGCAGCAACAUCCAAGUGCAGAAGCUAUUAAACGCCUUCUUCGACUCCAAAUGCCCGUGUGAUGUGGACCUCCAGAGCAACGACUGGGACAUAAAGACCAUCACCAGCUCGAUGAAGUUCUACCUCAGGAGUCUUUCAGAGCCACUGAUGACCUACGAACUCAACAGAGAACUUAUCUUAGCUGCAAAGUCUGAUAACUUGGACUUCAGACUGGGUACGAUCCACUCGCUGGUCUACAAGCUCCCAGAGAAGAACCGUGAGAUGCUGCAUCUUCUAAUCAGACAUCUAGUCAAUGUUUGCAGUCACAGCGAGGAGAACCUGAUGAGCCCCUCGAAUAUGGGGGUGAUCUUCGGACCAACGCUGAUGAGGGCUCAGGAGGACACCGUGGCAGCCAUGAUGAACAUCAAGUUUCAGAACAUUGUGGUGGAGAUCCUGAUCGAAGACUUUGAGAAGAUCUUCUCCACUCCCCCAGAGGAAAGCCAGGCUCCUCCCAUUCCCCCGCCCAGAGUGGCUGCACGGAAACGACAGCCAAUCACCAUCUCGAAGAGGCCGCCACGCCCCCGGCCUGUCCUGACCCACAGCCAGCUCGAAGAUACAGAUGAUGACCGCAGCAGCCCUGCGUUGAAUGGCAGCAGGUCGGAAGACGCCGAAGCAGAGCGUAGUACAAAGACCAGCCCCGUCCCUUUGCAGCGAACCAAGUUACUGAGCAGCGGCCCGCGAGUCACCAGCAGCGAACUGGGGCCGAAGCCCCCCCAGCUGCCCAGACUGACCCAGCGCCCCGAGCGACACUCGGACUCUGACGUAGCGAAGCUGGUGGCUCGGCUUCACGAUGCUAGUCAGACACCGGAGAGCCGCGCAGCGAACGGGGACGUGAGGGGCAGCGUGGUCCGGGCAGCUUCCUUCCAGAUAAGGAAACCCACUCCCCGCAACAUCCCUCCCCCCAGAGACGGUGAUGGUGAGAAUGUGGCUAAAGUGAGGACUCCAACCGAGAAGCAUGUGAUCUCCAGACCCCCCAUGAGACCACCUGACCCCCCCACCAGGUCCCCCGCACCCCAGAAAACGCAGAACCCAGGGGCCACAGAGGAAACCACAGCCUCUUAUGUCGCUUCCAAAGCCAAGUUUUUCGAGAACGCCUCAAGAAAAACCGGAAGUGCUCCAGUAUCACCCACUUAUCUUUCACAAGCAAAUUCAAGAGAUGAGAGUUUAAAGUAGUGAGCUCCUGGCUGGGUCCAGGUCAGUCUAUCCCAGGACUGGAGCUUCUGAAGGCAGCACUCCUUUGAUGUCAAACAGGAAGCUGCUGCAAUGUCGGGUCGAUGGAAGCGAAUGCACUGCUGAGACUUUGAUUCCAGCGCAUUCCACGUGGCACUCCAAACAAAAAAUGCUCUUACACAUUGUUUUAUUAUUAUUUUUAAUUGUCAGCUCUUUUUUUUUUUUCUACUGCCUUCAUCUCCUUUCAUGGGUCCACCAACAAUUGUGCCAGUAAACCACAAAAGCAUGAUUGCUGUAUUUGAUGGUGCUUUCUUUCUUAGUACUGAGGCUUCCUUUUGCAAGACAUGUGAAAAGCGAGCUGCUUGCAGGCUUGUAAGAGGAGGGGAUGUAUUUUCAGCACUUUUCUUGGGUAUAGAAUUCAAAGUCUUACACUGUAUUUUUGCCAAACACACAUCACCUCCCAAAAUCAAACACACUCCGUCGAUUUGGUUUUACCUCUUAAAGGUUGUCCUUGUCCCGUAUAAUGUUUUUGCCCUCGAGUUUGUGUUAGAAAGAAGGGACCAUUUAAGGUAUUCUGUAUUCCGGAACCAAACAGCCCGUUCGGAACAAUGAAUCGAAUAUUUCCAUAGAGCCGGAUAUAGCAGUGUGCUGUAUGCUUGGAGCACACGAUAAUCGGAAGCCAUAUUCUGUUCUGUGGCCUGGAGCCUUCCAGCUUUGGUGUUUGCAGUAAAUGAUUAAUGGCAGUCAUACGUCACGUUUAUCUUCAAAUUAUUAUUUAGGCCAGUGUCUGUCUUAUAUAAUGCAAGUCUGCUUUGUUGAUUUUUUUUUCUGCAUGUUUAUAUUGUAGUCAGCAAUGCACUUUCAUAUAUCUAUAUUAAAAUGGCGUGAGUCACGUGAUUAGUAUUUUGCCUGCAAAGGACAAUAUUAACCCUUUCAGGACUGGCGCGGGUGCUGGCAGCAGAGGGGGUGGGAGAUUUCUCUUCACUGGAUCCUUUUCCUCUUUGUGUGGGAAAGUGCGUAACCAGCCUUAGAAUAAGUUGGGUUUUUUUCAGCUGUCUACCAUAAAAGAUUUUUAAUAUUUUAAUGUUUUUUUUUUUUUUUUUAGACGGAAUGCAGAUGGCAUGCUAUAAACAGCAUUGAAGGGUUAAUCACUUUGUUUACUUUUUAUUCCUGCCAUUAAAUGUUUUUCUUUUACUAAAUGUGAAUUUGAAAUGUGAAACAUUGCUUGCUACACUUCAGCUUCCAUGACUGGUAUGGUGGAAUUCUCCAUUCUAUUUAAAAAAAAAAAAAAAAAAAGAAGUUUAAAAAAAUAUAUAUGAUGGAGCACAUUGCUCUCAGACAGAUACAUAUGUUCAUUAAAAACCGUUCACAAUUCUCAAUUCACACUGCAGGACCUGCAUGACGUAAAGUUUGGUAUUCAUAAAAGGUUUGUAAUUCCACCUUUGUUCACACUCUCUAGCUUUCCAAAGGGUUUUACAGUUAAUGUGACCAGGUUCCUGCAACAUAGUUAGCGCCCCAUGUAUUAUACUGCACCCCUGGGACGCUGUCAUUAUUCAUCAUUUUGUUCUCUCCAUAUUUUACAAAGACAGUGAAAUCGAUGUUAAUGAAAUCUGGAGAUGUACAGAGGCACCUGUUUGUCCAUACGUGUGUAUUUCACACAUUUGUUACAAACAGUGCAUACUGAUGUCAUUCAUAUCUAUUAAAUAGUGCUGAAUUUAGAAAUAUUAAAAGCAGCUAAAUAACACCCUUCAUUGAAGACUGAAGCAUUUGACCUUUAUUACGUUUCUAUUCGUAUUUCUAAAUACAUACUGAUGCAUUGCCCUUGGUGAUCAACGUUUUCCUGUAUCUGGUGUGAGUUUCUUACUUGCUACUCAAUAAGAAUUUCGAGGACUUGUGUUUUCUAAUAUAUACUCCCAAUCCUGUGACCUGUGUUUCUCUCAGUCAUGCCUGAGAGUCUCGGAAACUGGAAACUAAGGGCGUCUUUUAAAGCUAUGUGUUGUUCAGGCCACAACUUAGAAACAAGCGUGCUUUCCCUGGAAAUGUGUCUUUGGCCUUUGUUUAUAGCAGAGUUUAGUAUCUUGUUUUCUGUAGCUGAUGCCUGUCUGGUCAAAAGCCUGUAUAUUGACAUUAGAAUGUGGUUGUGGUCAUAUUUUGUGUGUAUGUACCGUUGCACAGUUGUUUAGUGUGUUCUCUGUUUGUUUUAAAAGUAUUAA